UUGUGCGCCCCGCUCUUUGGCGCCACACGCGCUUACCCCUACAGUUACCGUUUCUACACUCCAUUGACCGAUCGCAUCAGCAGCACUGCAUGCGUAGCUCUCAGCGCGGCGCGUUUCAUCCCCUGAUGCGGCAAACACUCCCGUAAUCUCUCAGGGAAGAAAGUCUCCGGUUUACACGAUGAAGCUAUGGAACGUUAUGGGUACAUCGCUGUUUCUUCUCGGAAUAAGUUUUCCUCCGGUUUGCUUGGGUGCUCACGGGAGAUAUGCUCAGAAGCUUUUGACUGAUCUGUUUUCCAACUACACUAACGCUCUCCGCCCGGUGGAAGACACGGACCACAUCAUCAAUGUCACCCUGCAGAUCACCCUCUCGCAGAUCAUCGACAUGGAUGAAAGGAACCAGAUCCUGACCACAUACCUGUGGAUCCGUCAGGUGUGGACAGACGCCUACCUGAAGUGGAAGAAGGAGGACUAUGAUGGACUCGAUACCAUCCGCAUACCUAGUAGUUAUGUCUGGAGGCCAGAUAUAGUCUUAUACAACAGUGCCGAUGACCAGUUCUCCAGCUCCAUGGAGACCAACGUGGUGAUCAGCAGUGAGGGCCAGGUCAUGUGGGACCAGCCGGCCAUCAGUAAGAGCUCCUGCUCCGUGGACGUCUCCUUCUUCCCCUUCGACUCCCAGCAGUGCCGGCUCACCUUCGGCUCCUGGACGCACAACGGCAACCAGAUGGACCUGGUCAACGCCCUGGACAGCGCCGACCUGGCCGACUUUGUCCCCAACGUGGAGUGGGAGGUUCUGGGCAUGCCGGCGAAGAAAAACGUGAUCCUGUACGGGUGCUGCUCCGACCCCUACCCCGACAUCACCUACACGCUGCACCUGAAGAGACGGGCCUCCUUCUACAUCUUCAACCUGCUGAUCCCCUGCAUGAUGAUCUCCUUCCUGGCCCCGCUGGGCUUCUACCUGCCGGCCGACUCCGGGGAGAAGGUGUCCCUGGGCGUCACCGUGCUGCUGGCUCUCACCGUGUUCCAGCUGCUGGUGGCCGAGAGCAUGCCCCCCUCCGAGAGCGUCCCGCUCAUAGGGAAGUACUACAUUGCCACCAUGACCAUGAUCACGGCCUCCACAGCGCUCACCAUCUUCAUCAUGAACAUCCACCACUGUGGUCCCGAGGCCCGUCCCGUCCCAGAGUGGGCGCGCCGCGUCAUCCUUCACCACCUGGCGCGGAUCUGCUUCGUCUACGAGGUGGGAGAGAACUGCCUGAGCACCGGGCCCAGGAAGAGGGCCCAGACGGAGGCCGCGCCCCCGCCCGACCCCACUCCGCCCAGGGGAACCAGCUGGGACAUCAAUGGCCAGGCCUGGGGGGGCCAGGGGGGAAGAGGAGGGGAGGAGGGGGGAGGGGAAGGGUUGAAGACACAGGAUGAGAAAGAGGGGUUGAGCGACUGGAGAGAGGACCUGUUUGUGAGUAUAGACCAUGGUGAGAAGGAGGGGGCUGGGGGAGGAGGGGGAGGGGGGGGGAGGGGGAGAGGUAGGGGGCUGGGGGGGAGCUUCCGGAGGCCCAGAGAGGGGGCAGGGGAGAGGAGGAGGGAUGUGGUGCUGAGGGCCCAGUGUGUGUGUCAGCACCCCGCCUUGCGCAGGAACGUGGAGUACAUAGCCAACUGCUACCACGACCAGCGGGCCACGCAGAGACGCAUCGGAGAGUGGAGGAAGGUGGCCAAGGUGCUGGACCGCAUGUUUAUGUGGCUCUUCUUCAUCAUGGUCUUCCUCAUGAGCCUGCUCAUCAUGGGAAAGGCCAUCUGAGGAGGAGGGAGCAGGCAUAGUUGCCCUUAACCGCUGACCCAGGGUCAGAUGUUGUGUCAUCUCCAGGCACUGAGACUGGGACUAAGAUCUGCGUGAUCUGAUCCCAGGUCUGUGCAUAAGGACAACGCCACAACCUUUUCGGUAAACUCUGCUGACCAAACGCUUACGGAGCAGUUUGAAUUUAGUGACCAGUGAGAGGACUUUGGUCCUUUGGACUUUUAGUGACCUGUGAAAUAGAGCCAAAACAAUCCUUCUGGCCAUAUAUGCACAAGUACAGUACACUUUCACACACAACCCCAAUAAACACACACGUUUGUAUUGAUAUUGUUGUGGAGACUCACAACAGUCCCCCGCA